AUGGCUGAAAAUUCAUCAGCUGAACAUGUUGACAAAGUCACAUUGAGAGUUUUGGUGGACAAAGAAAAGAACAAAGUUGUGUAUGCUGAGGCAGGGAAGGAUUUUGUUGAUGUUCUUUUCAGCUUCUUAACAUUGCCUUUAGGUACUAUUGCAAGACUUGUUGCUAAGGAGUCUAAUAUUGAAGCAGUGAGAUUUGGCAGCAUUAGCUCACUCUAUCAAAGUGUCUCAGAUCUUGAUGAACAAUAUCUAUGGUCAAAGACUUGCAAGGAUAUGCUACUCAUGCCAAGAAACUCAAUGGGAGGUUAUUGCAAGAAUAUGAAACUGAACAUUGAUGAUACUGAACCCUUGCAGUCCUAUUACCUCUGUGAGAAGGUGACUUGCAAAAUUGAAAAAAGGGCCUGUGUGAGUUACUUCAGUAAUCAAAAAUGUACUAUUUGUGGAGGGCUAUUGAACCGAAAAAAUACCUGGAUUUUGACGGAACAAAUUGGCUUUGUUAAACAAAUUUCAACAUUUAUUGUUUCUGAUGAUCUUGUUGUGAUGCCUAAUAUUAUUGGAACAAGUUUAAAUCUGCUUCAGAAGCAUGGAAUCAAUGGCUUUGAUACUAUUGAUAAACAAACUGUUAAUAUCAGCAAGAAAGAGGUGAUUGAUCUUCUCAAAUUGUCUUUGGUCUCAAAAACUGCUCUGUCAGACUUUAUCCUCAAAAAGGAACAAUUUGUUUAUAAAUUAGACCCAAAAAAUCGAUUUGGGGUUUUCACUGUUGAAGAAAAGGAACUAUCUGAUAAAAUGGUUGUGAAAGUGGUGAGAAGAAAAUCAAAUGAACAGAUUUUGUUUGUUGAAGCAGAGGAAGAUUUUGUUGAUUUUAUUUUUAGUUUUCUGACCUUUCCCUUGGGUGGAGUGUUGCGUGUUCUCCAAGGAUUAUCUUUCUUAUACUGCAUUGAUAACUUAUAUAAUAGCAUGACUGAAUUGAGUCCGGACAAGUCUUUUUCCUCACAGAAACUCAAAGACGUACUAACUAAUCCCCAUGUUUCCAGUCAAUUGGAACUCAGCAACCAGAUAUUACCAAUACGUAAUCACAAUUAUAAGGAAAGCAGUACAUCAUAUAACUUUGUUGAUCCAAAAUCCUCCAUUUCUGGAGGAUAUACUAACGGACCAAUGACGUUUAUGGUGACAGAUGAAUUAGUUGUGACUCCAAUGUCAUCCAUUGAUGGUAUUUCAUAUAUAGAAAGAAUGAAGGUCCUCCUUGGUGAUGUUGAGGAAAUGGUCAUUAAUAUUGGCCAGAAAGAGGGUCUCAGCAUACUAAAAGCUUCGUUGUCCUCAACAUCUGCUCUGACUAACGGCCUCAAGCAGUACCUAGUUGUUUAUGGGAUUGCUGUUUCCAUUGAUAAUGGGAAGGGAGUGUUUGUUUACGAAGGGCUGGUUAAAUGGUUUGCUGGAAAGAAGAAUAGGAAAUGGUAUAGAUACUUCAUUUUUGUUGGGAUUGAUCAUGGGGCGGGCAUUGUUAGAGAUGUAUCAAGUGGUUAA